AUGUCAGAGCGCAGUCUGCAGUCGUACACGGCCACUGGCAGAGCGAUUGUGACAGACAAAGAGCAGACGACCGGGGGCGAUGACCUAGAGGAGAAUUAUGUGCUCGAAGACGAGGAUGUCAUUGCGUCAUCGAGCAAGGCUGCUGAUGAGGAGAUCGUCGACGAAGAGGCUGCAUCCCUGCUCGCUGCUGCUUACGAAGAUGCCCUACACCAGACAGACCUGUCGCCUAAGCAGCAGGGCAAACGAAGACAGUCUCAGGAGCCUGUAGAACAGGCCGAAGCAAAGCGAGUCAAGCCUGAUAGGAAGGAGGCCAAGAAGCUCAAGCUCAGGCAAGCCAAGCAAAGGCGGCAGCAGGAGCGAGCCGUCAUUCUGGACAGCGAGCAACGGCUUGGCGCCGCGCUGGCUCGUCUGCCGCCCUCACUGCAGGCCGACUUGCUGGCAGAGAAGCAACUCAAAGCGCUGCCGAACUUGAGUGAUCUCGAGCGUGACAGCUGCAGAGUCUCGGAACGCUGUCUCCAAGACACAUCUGCGUUUGCAGACGAAGCCUACGCGUCUCUGACAAGCUUCAUCAGGGCUUUCGCUGCAAGCCACCUCGCUUCGCUGUCCAAGCUACCCAAAAGCAAAGGAUCGCCUCGCAUCAUCGUCCUCGCAGGCGCAGCCCUGAGAGCAGCAGAUUUGACCCGAGCUUUGAGACCUCUUGCCGGCGACGUCAAGGUUGCAAAGCUGUUCGGCAAGCAUUUCAAGCUGGACGAGCAUGUCAAAUGGUGUCAGUCCACAGAUUUCACCAUCGCUAGCGGCACUCCGGACCGCGUGGGAAAGCUGCUCCAUGCAGACUCUUUGCAGCUCUCGUCGUGCUCCUUCCUCGUCCUCGAUGGCUCUUUCAGAGAUGCAAAAAAUCGACAGAUGCUCGAUCUGCCUGAGGUGCGCGCUGCGCUCUUCAAGAACGUGCUGCAGGAUCCUCGCGUCAGCCAACGGCUGGAGCAAGGCAAGCUCAAGCUGGUGUUGUACUGAUCGAUCUGCAUGCAUACAUACAACAAAAAGGCCCCUUGC